AUGAAGUUGUCAACAGUGGGUGUAUGGUUGGCAACACUGACCUAUACAGUUGGCAACAGUGGACACAACACUAACCACAAAGACCGUGUGGUUGGCAUCACUGGCAGCAGCAGCAACGGCGAGGACGAUGAUUGUGACGACGAUGAUAACGACGAUGGUAACGACGAUGGUAACGACGAUGGUGACGACGAUGAUAACGACGAUGAUAACGACGAUGGUAACGACGAUGGUAACGACGAUGGUAACGACGAUGGCAACGACGAUGGUGACGACGAUGAUAACGACGAUGAUAACGACGAUGGUAACGACGAUGGUAACGACGAUGGUGACGACGAUGGUGACGAUGAUAACGACGAUGAUAACGACGAUAAUAACAACGAUGGUGACGACGAUGGUGACGACGAUGGUAACGAAGAUGGCGACCACGAUGUUAAUACCGGACUGGAGAAGACACCUUUUGGCUUUAUUCUUUCAGUUCAGAGCUAA